AUGCUUCCAAUUUUAAUCCCCACCGCCCUCUCCCACGACAACGGCCUCGCCAAAAUCCCUCAGAUGGGCUGGAACACUUGGAAUCACUACGCCUGCAACAUCAACGAAUACGGCGUCCUCACCUCCGCCCAACAACUCGUCUCCGAAUGCCUCCUCGACCUCGGGUAUGAAUACCUCGUCAUGGAUGAUUGCUGGUCCGCAAGCCGCAACUCAACCGGACAUCUUCAAGCCAACACGACAAAAUUCCCAAGGGGGAUCGGACCGUUGGUCGAUGAGGUCCAUGGUAUGGGAUUGAAGUUUGGGAUGUAUUCGGAUGCGGGGAAGUAUACUUGCGGUGGGUAUGCCGGAUCGUUGGACCAUGAGACGAUUCAUGCGGAGACGUUUGCGGCAGGGGGUGUCGAUUACCUCAAAUACGGCAACUGUUUCGACGAGGGACGGUCUGGAACGGCGAAUAUCUCGUAUGAGGGAUAUGAGCGGAUGACUGAUGCGCUCAACGCAACGGGUCGGCCGAUUCUGUAUUCGCUGUGCAAUUGGGGCGAAGACGGCGUUUGGAAUUGGGGAAGUACCAUUGCGAACUCAUGGCCUAUCACGGUGGUAUCUACGAUAACUUUGCCCGUCCGGAACAACAGGUGUCCAUGCCAGACAUACGACUGCGCACUCCCCGGCUACCACCGUUCCAUCCUCAACAAAGCCGCGCCGGUCUUACAGAAGAACUCGGCGCAGUUCGGAGGAUGGGCGGAUCUGGAUAUGCUCGAGGGUGGGAAUAGAGGGAUGGGGUACGAGGAGUAUAAGACGCAUUUCUCGAUGUGGGCUGCGGUUAAGAGUUCGUUGUUGUUGUUGGGGAAUGAUAUCUCGAAUAUGACGGAUGAGACACCGCAGAGGAUGUUCAAUGAUGUGGAUACUGGCAUUCAGGAGGCGCAGAACAUCACGGCCAGCUUCAGUGAUGUCUUCGUGGACUAUGGCGCUACGUUCAGGAAGCAGACAUGCAGCUGGAAGGGGUUGUGGACGAACGAGACAGGGAUGGCGAGCAGCCAGGUUGGGACUGUCGAGGUCCCGUCGCGUGGAGUCAAGACGUAUAAGAUGACCCCUGUCACUACUCCCAACAUGAAGAGGGAGUUGUGAGUCGAACGAUAUGUGAGGCAGGAGUGAAAGGUUUGAAAGAGCGAGGAGAGAGGAGGACGAACACGCGAGAUAUACUUAGAACUCCAACGC